AUGGCAGCUCUACGUCCCUUCUUGUCCCCGCUACGCCAAUGUGGCCGCUCAAUUUCUACCUCUACAAAACCCGGUCCCCGUCACCUCCUGUCCAUAUCCGAGCUCACACCCACGGAGCUGAAUACCCUCGUGAAUAACGCAACGACCUACAGAACUUCCGCCCUCCAGCCAACAUGGCCCCAGCGCACCGCACUCUCAAACAGGACCAUCGCAAUGCUCUUCUCCAAGCGCUCCACGCGCACGCGCAUCUCGACAGAGGGAGCCGUUGUAGCGAUGGGCGGCCACCCUAUGUUCCUGGGUAAGGAUGACAUACAACUUGGUGUGAACGAGUCACUCUAUGAUACUUCGGUGGUGAUAUCGAGCAUGGUUGCGGGCAUCGUGGCACGAGUCGGGGCGCACUCAGAGAUUGCAAACCUUGCAAAGGACAGCUCUGUGCCCGUGAUCAAUGCACUGUGCGAUACCUAUCAUCCCAUGCAGAUCAUUGCCGACUUUGCGACCCUGACACAAACCUUUUCCACGCCAGCGGAGAAAUUGCAGGGGUUGAAGAUCGCCUGGGUGGGAGAUGCCAACAAUGUAUUAUACGACAUGUGCAUCGGUGCCAGGAAGCUGGGGAUCGACAUGGCAGUAGCAACGCCGAAGGGCUACAAAAUUCCCCCGAACAUAAAGCAAGAAAUCGAAGCUGCAGGGCCCGGACAACUUUUCGAAACAAACAUCCCCGAGGAAGCAGUUAAGAAUGCAAAUAUCAUAGUCACCGAUACGUGGAUCUCCAUGGGCCAGGAAUCCGAGAAGCAAAAGCGCCUGAUGGCGUUCGAAGGUUAUCAAGUGACGGAAGAAAUGGCACGCAGAGGAGGCGCAGCGGAGGAUUGGAAGUUCAUGCACUGUUUACCGCGGCAUCCGGAGGAAGUCAGCGACGAAGUAUUCUAUGGCCCGCGAUCUUUGGUUUUCCCGGAGGCCCAAAACAGACUGUGGUCGGCGAUUGCCACGUUGGAGGCGUUUGUGGUGAAUAAAGGCGAGGUCAAAACCGCCGAGCAGUAA